AAAGUUGCUGUUGCAGAAAGCAAAUACCAGAAAUAAGCCACUGUUGAGCUAACAACCAAAAUAUCUAUGUUCGAUCAUCUCGCUAAAAUGACGUUUUCGCAAAUUCCUUUCUCUUGACUUCGCAGGGACAUGGUGAGGAGAGCUUUUCCCAUGUUGCAUUAGUGGAAGUGUGACAUGCUGGCCUGUCUGCCAGCAUCAUCAGGUGAACCUACCCCGCGAUUUCUCUCCCACACGCAGAUGAACACUGGACUUCAGCAAUGGGACACUACACAGAAGAUGAAAUCUGCCAACUAUCCAACCCCAGCAGAAUUGGAUGCCUUUGCUAAGAAAGUCGCCAACAAUCCUCUGACCAUAAAGAUCUUCCCCAACAGUGUCAAAGUACCACAGAGGAAGCACAUCCGCCGCACUGUGAACGGGUUGGACACAUCCAGCUCCAGCCAGCGCCAGAGUCCUUACCCGUCUCAGGUCAGCAGCACCAGAGCGGGCCUCCUGGCCGUCCUCCGCACUUCACCCGGCAAAGGCGUCCUCAAAGACACAGACAGCAGCCGAGCCCGUCUGCUUCCCAAACAAUCCAUGAACCUCCACAGCGGGCCAUACGUUGCUCAGAGCACUUUAAACCUCCCCCAGCCUGUCCCCCACCUCCAGGGCAUGUCUCAAACCCAGCCCCAGGCAUUGGCACAGAAACAGGGCCACCCACAUCCACAGCAUGCUCUACAGCAGCAGCACAACAUGGCUCACCCCAUGACUUUACAGCAACAGAACAUGGCCCACCCUCAAACUUUACAGCGGCAACAAAGCUUGUCCCAGCUGCAAACGGUACAGCAGAAUCUGGCGCACCCGCAGAAUGUCCAGCGGCAGCAGACUUUGCCUCACACGCAGACUUUACUACAGCAGCAGCAGCAAAAUCAGACACGGCCACAAACCUUACAGCAGCAGCAACAACAGCAGCAUCUUCUUCAUCCUCCGACUCUGCAGCACCAGACUCUUCCCCACCAACAAGCUUUACUACAGCAGGCUCGGGCUCAAGGUCUCCUGCACCUGUCUGACGUAGCCCAGGCCCAGCCUCCACCUAGUCUGCAACUUUCCCAGGGCCUGCAGCACCCCCACUGCCUGGCCCUGUCACAGCCUCUCCCCCAGGGCCUGCGACACCUGCCUGAUGUGGCCCAGGCCCAGCCACCCAGUCUGCAACAUUCCCAGGGCCUCCCCCCAUCUCAGCCUCUCCCCCAGGCCUCCGGUGCCGGCCCUGGCUCCCCCUCUGCUUCCAAUGCCGUGCAACCCCAGCCAGGCCCCCCCUAUGGCCCCAGGAAGCUGCCAGAUGCAGACGUCCCACCAAACGUAACCGUAUCUACCUCCACCAUCCCACUGUCCAUGGCGGCCGCCCUGCACCACAACCGGCCGGGCACCGACCUUAGCAGCAUCGUGCACCAGAUCAACCAGUUCUGCCAGGCUCGGGCCGGACUAGGCGCCACCUCAGUGUGCGAGGGCCAGAUCGCCAACCCCAGCCCCAUCAGCCGUAACCUCCUCAUCAACGCCAGUUCCAGGGUCAACACACCCCACAACCUUGGCCUCCUUCCCUCCUGCCUGCUGGGCCACACAGAGAAAGCCCCCGGUGCUAAUGGCCUACAGCCCAACAUGGCUGUUAUGAACAGGAUGCCACCUACUUUCCACACUGACACGAAGCAGCAGUUACAGCAGCAGCAAUUACAGCAGUUACAACAGGCUCACCAGCAUCAACAUCAGUUACAGCAGCUCCAACAGGUUCACCAGCAGCAGCAACAACAACAUCAGUUACAGCAGCAACAUCAGCUCCAACAGCAGCAAAUCCAACAGCAGCGCUCCUGGAACCAGCACCAGCUGGCUCACAUGCAGCACCUGCCUGAUGGAGCCCACCCCUGCAAGAACCCAAGGAGAGAAGCCCCCUCUGGGCCUGGCUUCCCUGCCAAGACCCACAACUACCCCCAAAAGCUGCUGGCCUCGCAGCCACAAUCUUUCCCCAUUAAACACCCAUCAGACAAGACAAUCCCCUCGCCCCCCGUCACCGGCCCAGCGGGCGGCAUCAUGCCAAGCUACACCAACGGGCGCUACUUGCAGGUUCCAUGGGGCAGCGUCCUACAAGCAGCCAAAAGUGACUGUCUAGGCCCACAGGAUUUGCCCAUGGCCUUCCAGGGGGGCCCGGCAGGGGACUCCAUAGACUGCAGCACACCAGGAUCACAGUACCGACCUGGAGCCAGACCCGGGGUCCCAGACCUGGGUCAGACCAAGCUGAUGCAGCAGAAUGUGAAUGAUUACCUGUCUGGGGAGUUCCAGGCGUUCCAGCAGAACCCAGGCGCCAUGGGGAAGAUGCACAGGCCCCCCAUGGGUAGAGCUCCAGCCCAGAGCCCAGAGCUAGGUAACAGUAGAAAUAUCCAUGCUCACCACCCAGGCUAUAGAUAGAUAUCUCUCUUCACCUCACCAGUCAUGUGUUAUGGUUGGUGAAUGAUUCAAGGUUACAAUCAGGUGUAAACAUGUUGUAGAUAUCUUGCAAGUGAUCAAUUGAAUGUUCUCCCUAGUUGGUUGCUCCUGCUCUCAAUGUUCAAUCGCUGACUUAUCUGUCUUUUUAAAAAUGCGUCCUCAGCCCUUUAAAAUGGUAUCUGUUAAACCUUAGUGCCAGAUGAAAGGUUUUAUAUUGUUAUUCCAGUGAUGAGGAAUACUUACUCAUACCACAACAUGGACAUCUGCUGAUUGUAGUAUUUUCUGGGAAACGCUAUUGUGAUCUAGGACUAGGUAGAGAACCUAGUAGGGCUACAUCCUGUCCACAUAAGUGCCAGUUAUGCCCAGGUUGUCAUGGAACCAACCACUCCCUUUUACAGUGGCUUAAAAUUGGGUUUUCUUUCCUGUCCUAUGUUUACAUUUACAAUUAUGCAUCUAUAAAAAUUCCAUAUAGACAUGAUGGAGGAUACAUGCUUUUUAAUGCCCCAAUGAGACUAAUUUGCUGAAGGGGUAUUUGUGUAUGCUAAUAUGAAUCAGGUCAAUGUCUAAGAGUAUAUUCUUACUUCAAUCUCUCCCCAUAUACAGUAAGGUAAUGCUACAGCCAUUGUGUACUGCCCUCUUGUGUAUGGUAAGGCCUUAAGACGGAGUGCUUUUGAAGUCAUUUUGAAUUGUUUUAUUUUAUCCCUACCUUGUGCUGUUACUUUAAUUGUCUCUACUUGAAUUUCACCGGUGACGUUUUCAGUGUGAUGACUUGGAGAAUCAAAAUGUUAUGCUAAACAAUUACAAAAGGAACAUAAGCUCACUUCUGGAAAAACAUUAAAUGUCUUUGAAUAAUGUGAACCCUGUAGAAUCAAUCCCUUGAUCUUGAAAGGAAUUAUCUGUGUGUGCAAAGACCAAAUUGAUCACUUGCAAGUACAACUGAACAUACCAGGAGGUUAAUUUGCUACUUUGUUUCACCACUAUACACUACUGUAAACAAUUCCUUGUGGAUCUUUGCCUGUCUGUGGGGGUUGUGGUAAGCUGAGGGGUAUCCUACGAAGCAGGUUUGAGGAGUUAGAGAGGUAACUUUGGUCAACUGAGUUCAACUCGGGAUAACCGGUCAUACGAAAGUGGCUCACCUUUUAGCCAGGUAAAUCUCUGGCAACGAAUCCUUUAGAACUAACCUGCGUUGGGGAAGGCUAACUCCACUUACACUGAAUGAAACGACUGAGCCACGAGUGGAGGACCAACAGAGUUAGAUUUCCACCCUCUUGCAAAGAUAGCGUCAUGAUCCCUUUCAUUUGAGGAAGAUUAGUGAUUUAAAUAUUUAAUACAUUUUUGUUUGUCUUAGAGUAAUGUUAAAAUAUAUCACAUUACAUAUUUGGUAAUGACAAUGCAUUUUAUACUUCACACCCAGUAACACUUUUAAUAACUUAAUAAAAUUGUAUCGAUAGGAGUGGGGAAAAAGGUCCUUGUGGUUGUUCAUUGAUAAGCGCACCAAGUUGGCAUCAACGAUAAGUAAUAAAGAUGGUGCUUCUAAAAGCCCAUUUCAUACCAUAGUCUGUGGAAUUUGAAAGAUUUUAUUUUGAUUUCACCACAAAUGAAAAUGUGGCACUGACUCGCCCAUGGAUUGAUGUUUCAGCCAUGUGCGACACGUGCAGUUACUACACUACCCUACCCUGCGGAUGAGCAAUAUCCACCUUCGUAGUACGAAUAAGAGCUGGAUUGUGACGCUAACGGAUUCUGGCUAGCUUUAGAAAACCCUAAGUAGAUCUAGCUUGCUUCGUAGGAUACGCCUGUCCUUCACUUGCUAGCCUAACCCUAAUUGUAUAUUGUCUCUGUACUACCUAGAAAGAAGAACUGAGAUCCAGUUCUUUUAAAUGCAGGUUACCUCAUACUAGUAGAUGGGUCUAGCCGUAGAAAUAUAAUUACUUCUUAUUCUAGUAAUUGUAUUUCUAUGGGUCUAGCAUGCUGCAUUUUCCCUCAGUUUAGCUUGGGUAACGGCUUACUUUUUUGAUGGCCUCACAUUCCUCCUCCCUGAUAACUCUUGAAAAAAAAGCCUUAAAAUGUUGUAUUAGUUACCCUCGACACCUUAAAUGUUGUAUGACUUACUACACACCAUGCUGGAUUUCCUCAAACUGCAUGGUGUAGAAUCCUAUAUCGAAAAUAGUUAUGAUACUAGCAAUUGUUUCUGCAUAUGUUUUCAUUUAAGGACACUGUAAAAUUGCUAAGUAAAAAUCCUCCUUUAAUGGAUGAAUAGUAUUUAGCAGAGUUUUAUAGGUGUGUGUGGCACUGGGCUGUAACUAUGGUCUUCAGACUACGUUUCUUUAGUUGUUUCUAUGUGACAAAUAGCCUUCAGUAAUUUAGAUCUUAGCUAAUUUAUUUCCUUGAUCACUGCAUUCUGAAGUCAUAGGUUUUUCCUCAUAGGUGCCAUAGGUAAAGCAUAUCAUCAGACACAAAACAAUGCAAACUGACGUCUCACAAUUAGCUGCAUUCAGUAAGAGAUGGAAAAGUCAUAAGUCAUUUUAUGUAGCCUUAAAGGUGCUACACAUAGGAUUUUGCAUUGUCAUUUCAUAAAAUGGCCAUAAUAUAUCUGCAGUAAUAGUGGAAUGAUAUCGUUUCAUAGUAUUACAUACCUGCCCAAUUAGCUGUGAUAUUCAUCUCCCGCCAGAGACACUGUUGGGAGUCUCAAUGUUGUUGAAAUGGGAAAGCUGUUUUGACUUUAGCUGUGUUAUUUAGUGGAAAUCGGGUCAAGCGGCCAAUGUAAAAAAAAAAAACGCUCCGUAAUUUCCUGUUGUAUUUCAGUUGUAUGUGAGAAAA